AUGUCGAAUUGUUCAGCAGAAGAAUGGUUUAUUUCUGUGCAGGAUCAAAAUAACGGCUAUUCCUCUCUAUCUUGUUUGACUACCGGUCAGAGUAUCGGCCUUACGGUGAUCGCAGAGGCAAGCACCCUUUCAGUGUUGGCAAUCUUCGUUCUUUUCGGGUUCAUCAUACGCAAUGUCUAUCGGCAUUCGAGGUAUUCUCGAGGACAGUGGUCACUUGUGCAGGAGCCAACAGAUAUCUACAUGCUCUCGUUGUUCACGUUUGACUUGAUCCAAGCUAUUGGAUCAGUUAUGGAUAUGAAAUGGGUCAACGAAGGAAAGACGUACAAAGGAUCAUACUGUACAGCUCAGGGAGUCAUCCAAGAAUUAGGAGAAACCGGAGUAGCAAUAACUACUAUAAUCAUCGCGGUGCACACAUUUGUCGGCGUCUUCUGGCGCAUUGGGACCAAAAAUCGCACCGUUGCUUUUACACUCGUUGGGAUGGUGUGGCUCUUCGUAGCACUGCUCGUCGGGAUUAGUUCUGGUAUACAUAAUGACCCCAAUAACCUCUAUGUGACUCCUACUCCCUAUUGGUGCUGGAUCGCACAGGAGUUCAAGGGCGAACGCAUCGCGGGAGAGUACCUCUGGCUAUGGAUUGCUCUUUUUACAUCCAUCCUGGUCUAUGUACCUCUCUUCCUAUGGAGCCAAGGCAUGCUCUCCGUCGACACAUCUCAAUGGUGGAGAUAUCCUUUCGUUUAUUCGAUCGUCACUUUACCGCUGUCGGUCGUCCGCUGGAUCGGUUUCGGUCUCGAAAGCCAUGGGAGUAAAGUCCCUUCCGCCGCCACUUUCGUCGCCGCGUCUCUCUACGGGCUCUCAGGCUUCCUCAACGUUCUACUCAUUCUUCUUACGCGUCCUCAACUCCUCCUCUUUGGUCCUCCUAUCACCCGUACUGCCCGAGGACGUGCGCCAUCUCCCAGUCCCGCACCUCCACGAAGGGUCUAUAAGGCACCGGAGUCGAGCAUGGCUCUCGGAGUGUUGAAUGAUGAUAAUGGUUGGGAUCUGGAUCGACGAAGUGUAGCCUCAUCCUACAUCAGCUCAACGCCACAUCCACAUCUCACCGGAGAGGCCCUUUAG